CAGCGCAGCCACAGACUGUAUGACAAUAAUAUUAUGUUCUCUGUAGUUAGUACUCUGUGGUAGAAAAUUUGCGAAGAGUAAAAUUUUUUGUUGGUCUUCGGUACGACUUUCUGUUGUUACAAUAAUUUCUAAAAAUUUAUAGGAGUCUGAUUCGAUUAAAAUAUGGCGUCUUCACAAGGAAAACAUAUGCCCAAAGACACUCAAAUCAUUGUGUCGAUUAUGAAAGAUUUGGGUAUUGUUGAAUACGAUCAACAAGUCUUAAAUCAUCUCUUGGAGUUUAACUACAGAUACACAACGCUACUGUUGGACGAUGCCAAGACAUUUUCAAACUUUGCGAAAAAGAAGAAUGUUGAUGCCGACGAUGUGAAAAUUGCAAUACAAUUGGCGCAAGACGGAAUAUUCUGUCGACCUCCUCCCCGCGAUGUGUUAAUGACAUCAAGUCGUGAAUUAAACAAAAUACCAUUACCUCCAGUAAGGCCUGCCAGUGGACUGCGAAUUCCUCACGAUCGUUCAAAUUUCUUACAAACAAACUACAGGCUUAGGAAUGAUUUGUAUUCUGGAGGAAAUAUGCGUAAAGACACUAAAACAACAGCUGCAGAAAUGUUGGAGGCGUCUAGAAAAUUAGAAAUCGAAGAUAAUCCCUUCCAGCAAUCUAGUCAAAUGAUGAACAGUUCAAUGGAGUUUGAUUUGCAAGAAAUGAUUGAAAAUCGUCAAAGCAGUCAAGAAAGUAUUGGAGAAAAUGAUAAAGAUGAACUUAUGGAGGCUCAGGAAUAUCAAAACCGUUCAUACUCUGAUAUUGCGCUCGAUGAUGCUGUCGAAAAACAACUUAGUGAUAUGUAAUUUACCAGGGAUAACAUAAUAAAAAUAAAAAAACUAUAAAUUAGUAUCAUCUCUCAUUUAUUCAAUAUUAUACUUUCUAUUUUUCUUUAGUCUAUAGUUAAAAGCCUAUUAACACAUUUACACAUUGACUGCCAUGUGACUGCCUGCUGUCAUCUGUAAUUCUCAAAUUGUAUUAUUUUGCGACCGUUGAUCAUUACUACCACGUCACAUAACUGCUAGUCAUGAUGUAUGCAGUGGCAUAGUAGGAAUCAUUACAAUAUUAUGUUUGAUGUUACAAACAUAUUGUUUUCUUUAAAAAAAUAUUUUUAAAUGUUUUAUUAAAUACAAUAGUAUAUACAAAUUUUAAAUUUGGAAUGACAUGGAAAAAUAUGCUUACGUACCGAUAAUAACUAUUGUGUGACCUUCCGGCGGUCACAUGGUAGUCAACGUGUUACAAAUAAUAAUAAAUGAAUCAACUAUAAGUUUAUUAUUUUUAAGUCAGGAUUUGAUGUAAUACAGCUUUAUACUGGCGUUAUAAAAUUAUGAUGAUGAAUAAUUGUAUUAUACAAACUUAGGUAUAUUAUUAUUUAUUAUCUAUGUUUUAUGAAUUUAGUACAUGAUAAAUAUAUAAAUUUAAUGUUAUAUACUAUAAAUUAUUAUUUUUUUUUUAUACUUUUACAAUUUUCAACUUAAAGUACUUAAUACUAUGGUCAUUUUUAGUACUUAUGUAUUUUUUAUACAUUUUAAUAUUUUACUUUAUAUAAUAAUCACACAAUUAAUAAUAUUUAGUUAAGUUAAAUAUGUAAGGCCUACCAUGGUUAUAUGGUUUUAUGGUUAUAUCUCAAAUAAUUUAUAAACCUAUAGGAUAGUAUAAUAACAAGAAUCUGUUUAUUAUUUCAUGGUUUUAUCAGUCAACUUACUCAAUUAUUUUAUCAAUACAGUAUUUUUUUUCUACUUAAAA